AUGGUAAACGAUUCCCUGGAAAUAACCACGAUUUGCGACGAUGUUGGACACAGCAAAUUUACCAUAGAAAGUGGAUCAAGUGAAAUCGAAAGGCCUGCAUGUGGCACACCUAUAUACCAGCACCGUUCGCUUCCUAGGAUCAAAAUCCUCGGAACGGGUGGUACCAUUGCGUCGAAAGGGACCGAUUCUUCUCAAACUGCCGGAUACCAUGUGGAUUUGACCAUUGAGGAACUGCUCGAUUGCAUACCAGAUAUUUCAAGCGUCUGUGAGCUCGAGUAUGAGCAGUUAUGCAACGUCGAUUCCAAAGAUCUAAACGAAGAGUUGCUCUUCAAAAUAUACAAAGGUGUCACUGACUCUUUACAAACAUUCGAUGGUAUCGUAAUCACUCACGGCACUGAUACUCUCUCGGAAACCGCAUUCUUCAUCGAAAGCAGCGUCGACACUGGCGAAUUGCCCAUUGUCUUCGUUGGCUCCAUGAGACCAUCCACCAGUGUUUCCGCAGAUGGUCCUAUGAACCUAUACCAGGCGAUAUUAAUUGCUGCUAAUCCCAAGUCAAGAGGUCGUGGCGUUCUUGUUUCCUUAAAUGACCAAAUUUCAGCCGGCUAUUACAUAACCAAGACCAACGCUAACUCGUUAGAUUCCUUCAACGUUAGACAGGGCUACUUGGGAAAUUUCGUGAACAACGAAGUUCACUAUUACUAUCCACCUGUGAAGCCUCAGGGCUGCCAUAAGUUCAAGCUCAAGCUAGCUCCGGGAGCAACAACACUCAAAUUUCCUCCAGUUUGUAUCCUCUAUGGUCACCAAGCGAUGUCACCAGAUCUAAUCGAUCUGGUUGUAGAUCACUACGACGGUAUCGUUAUCGCAACCAUGGGUGCAGGUUCCUUGCCGAACGAAGUCAACCAAAAGCUGCUGAGCUUGAACAAACCUGUCAUAUACUCGAAACGGUCCAUGGAUGGUAUGAUUCCAACAGCCAACUUGCCAAAGCCUCUGGCGGGUACAUCCAAUAUCAUCGCUUCUGGGUACUUAAACCCAGAGAAGAGCAGGAUCCUGCUCCAACUAGCUUUGGCGGAAAACUAUUGCAUGGAGGAGACCAGACGUGUUUUCCGUGGGGUUUACGGUGGCUAG